GAGCAGAAGGAGGCCAAGAAGGUGGCCAAGGAGAAGAAGAAGGCGCAGCGCAACACGCCGUCCGCUUUUGCGCUGCAGGAAGAGCGCGAGAAGCGCGCCGCGGCCGAAGAACGCGAGCGCAAAGAGAAGGCCGAGGCGCUCGCGGCCGAGCUUGCGGCCGAGCGCGAGGCAAAGACCGCAGCCGAGGAGGAGGCGAGGCGCGAGCAGCUGGAGCGCGAGGCGGCCGGCGAGACGACUUGUAUCAUCUGCUUCUCCAACGCAAAGUCGCAUGUCGCGGGGCCUUGCGGGCAUUUGUGCGCUUGCGGCCCCUGCUCUGCCAAGAUGGAGUCGUGCCCCAUCUGCCGCGCACCGGUGCUGAUGUGGAUGCAGCUGCGCGUGGCCUGA